AUGUCCAAGGAGCGGUUGACAAAUGGAGAUGAACCUAUACAUUUGAUCGCCAUCUUUUGGCCAAUUUCUUUCGCCAAUAUAAAUAUCUACCGCAAGCGAAUGAUUGGUUUCCUCAAGACCUCACAGAGAUGUAUGCAAAGAGUUGCAAUAGACUCCAACUGCCAGGAAGUAUUUAGCAACAGGGGCAUACUUGUCUCAACUUUCGUUUGA